AGGCUGUUAAGAAUGGUGGGAGUAGAAGCCCAAAACACCCAGAGGGAGGGCCCAAGUUUGCCAAUACCUGCGAAGAAGUGUGUGGUGCUCCCUUCCUCCAAAGGUCCUCAGUGCCACCCUUGGACUACUUCUCUGCACAGCACUAAAGAGAACAAGAAGGUGCGGUGAGAGGUAUUCUACCUGCUGCCAAGCGGCUGAAGGAGGGAAGGAGGCAGAGAAAGAGGAGAGAGCCAGAGGCUGCGGGUAGCUGCUGCUGCUGCUGCUAACACAACAAAAUCUCCUGGAGCCGUUCCGCUGAAAGAAGCCAGCAGCUCUCCUGCCCGGCCCAAGAGGUGUUGAUGGCCCAUCCGGAGUGACGAGGAGGACCCGCGGGCACUCAUGUUUAGAGGCGUGCGUCCAUUUUCUGCACAUGUAUGUACGUGCCCAGAAGUGGCAUCAUGUCGUCCUUUGGGAAGCUCACAGAGUACUUCAGCCUCAGGAAGUCCAGGAAUGAAUUGCGAUCGGAUCGACGAAGCGGCAGGAGGAGUGGCAGCUACUGCUGUAGCAUCACCGAAUGCAGGUCGCUAGAUAGGAAGCCACAGAGACCUGUGUUAGGAAAGUCGCGGACUCUUCCCAGCAUCCCGCAGUCUCCGGUCAUCAAUCGGAUUCCUCUUCUGGAUUCCAAGCUGUACAGGAGAGAAAUGCCGGAGCAGGCGCCACACAGGACCCUCUCUGCUCCCGAUUAUGAAAAGGGCUGCCCAGUGCCCUCUUCUGGAGAGGCUUGGCAGCUGAAGGAGAACGGUGCUGCACCCUGCAGGGAUGCCCAUGCCCUUCAGCCCCGGCUGCACUCAGCUGUCGAGGAGGCGCCCUUCCGCUCCGUGAGAGCACACUCCUGCUACAUGAGGAAGAGCCUCUCUGUGGACCAUCAUCUGGGCUCCCUCAGUUGUUCCCUCCAUCCCACCGAAACCAAGGUUGAGCAAGUCAAGACCAAACUCCGGAGGCAGUUUAGUCUUGGAUCGUCAGACAAGAAGGAGUUCUACCCUGCAAAGUCUGAGGGCAGCCUCUCUAAGUUCACGCACCGGCUCUCAGUUAAGCAGAAGCAAGAGAAGAGGAGGAAAGCAGAGCAUGGCUCAGCCGAUCUGCCUGCCUUCCGCCCCCGGUCGCUGAGCGUCGAAUGGACGUCCUCACCUAAAAUGACACAGCAAAUGAGAGACCUACAGCUGGCCCAGUCUCGAAAGCAGCCUGGACCUUCAUCUCCAAAUGCCGCCAAGAGGCUCUAUCGGAACCUCUCUGGAAAAUUCCGAGUGAAUUACAUGUCAUUUGAUGAAGGAAGCUUAGCAGGGAGGAAUGAAAAGGAGAAGCUGCGGAAGUCUUACCUUUUCCAGGGCAAUGCUGCUCUCUUUGAGGCUGUCGAGCUGCAGGACCUUGAUAAAGUGCAAGAGCUGCUCCGGCAGUAUAGCCUUGAAGAGCUGGACCUCAACACUCCAAACAGUGAGGGUCUUCUGCCACUGGACAUUGCCAUCAUGACCAACAAUUCACCCAUCGCCAAAAUACUGCUGCUGGCCGGAGCCAAGGAAAGCCCUCACUUUUUGAGUCUGGAAAGCCGAUCUUUGCACCUCUCCACACUCGUCCAGGAAGCAGAACAGCGGGUCAAUGAACUCACAGCACAGGUUGUGAAUGAGGUCCCCAAUGCAGACUGCUCAGAGAAAGAAAAACAGCUGAAAGCCUGGGAGUGGCGCUAUCGGCUUUACAAGCGCAUGACUGCGGGCUUUGAACAUGCAUGCGUUCCCGAUCCGCCCACCAACAUUCACCUCUCUGUGGCCAGUAGCACAUCUGUGGAAGUUUCUUUUCAGGAACCCCUCAGUGUCAACUCAGCAGUUGUCACCAAAUACAAAGUUGAGUGGAGCUGCUCGCCCACCUUUUCACCGCUGCUAGGUGAAGUAGUGAUCGACAAGCUGAAAAGCCUGCAAGCCACCAUCUCUGGCCUGGCCUCGGGUACCUCUUAUUAUGUUCAAGUGUCUGCGUAUAACAUGAAAGGCUGGGGACCUCCACAACGAUCCACGCCCCCUUUUGCUGUUCCCUCAAACUGGAGAGAGUACGAUGGACGAGCGCCACGUCGAAGAGGCCAAACAGAAGCCCUGGACCACCUCCUGAACCAGGUGAAAAUGGUCCACCAGCACUGUGUUUGCCAUGAGCCUUUUAAGAAUCAGCCACAGAGCAGAAAACAUUCUGUCUCCAAGAGCCUGAAGUAUCUUUUCCAUCCUGGCAGCAAAUUCUUAAAGACAUUGAAAAGGGGCCUGUACCUGGCAUCAAUAUUCUACAAGGAUGACAACCUAUUGGUGACACACGAGGAUCAGAUCCCUGUCGUGGAGAUAGAUGACACUUACUCCUGUCUGCUCAUGCAGGACUUCCUCUGGUUCACCAAGGUGUCGUGCAUGUGGGAUGAAAUCCUGUGGUUGCGGCAGUGCGUCACUGUUUCCCAGUCGUCUUGCUCCUGUGUUUUGCAAACACGCCUCAAGAUGUUGCUGGCCAUUUCAGAGAUGCAGGGCCUGCUGGGGAUCCAGGACCUGGGGCAGGUCUUUUUUGAGCCCAUCAAAGACAAGCAGGGCAACAUUGUGAUUGUGACCCUCAAGGAGGUGAAGACCAGCCAAACCUUUGAAAGUGUCCGCUGGGUCCCUCUCUCCAAACUGCAAACCAACCGCAAGUCCCUCUCCUCCCCGGAAGAGCCCACCGCCUUGGAUCUGCUGUGCAUGACCAUGCAGGACAAGUUGGCUUAUCACCAGCAAAGUGGGCAGGCUCUCCCUGCUGGCCUGUACUUGGGUUAUUUGAAGCUCUGCAGUGCGGUUGACCAGAUACGGGUUUUGGUGCCCGAACAGCGGCCAAACAUCCUCUGCCAUGUGAAGAUACGAAGCAACCCAAACAUCUCCAGGGAGGAAUGGGAAUGGCUGCAGAACUUGGCCAGCAUGGAGGAGCCCAUUCCCAGCGAGCAAGGCCCAGAGCCCAUCCAGAAUCCCUUGCUUCAAGAACUCAAAGCAGCGGUCAGAGAACUGGUGCAACUGGUCAACAUCCCACUUUGUGAGGCCAAGGAUUUCCGUCUAUACAGCCAGGAAGUUCUGGACUUUGGAGAAAAUGUUUCCUUCCUUCUGCUCCUGCCUCCCUCGGAUGACGUCUGCACUGCACCCGGUCAGAACAACCCAUACGUGCCACACUCUGGGUUUCUGACGCUUCCCCUUCAGAUCUUUGAGCUAGUCCAUUUUUUCACCUACGACCAAGCAUUCAUUAGCCAGUAUUGCCAAGUGUCAGCACUCCUGGAGCUGGAGUCCCUUCUUUCUCAGCAAAGUCUCCGAGAGGCCUUCUCAGACUCAGAAGUCACCAUUGCCAAGCAGAGGCACCAGCAAGUGCAGGACUACAUGCAGCAAAUGGAGGAGAUUUGGAGAGAAAUGCGCUGGAUGAUGGACGCCCUGCAGCAUGCCCGGUACAAGCAGCCGUCCUGUGGCAUCUCACUCAUGCGGUUCAUUCAAGAGUCUAGUGUUGCACUGAAAGAGAAAACAGAGUCCACCUCUUCUCACUUGGACUUCCUUCCCUCACCUACUCAGUCUCCUGAAACAAGUCGCAAACUCAACUCUGAUUCACAUGGAGUUUCAGAUGAGGAGGGCUCAUCCGAAGUCUUUUUAGCUACAGACAGUGACUAUGACUCCAGCCGAGCCCAGAGCCCCAGAGAGCUUGACCUGGUCUACUCUUCCUCCAGCCAUGAAAGCUGUGGAAAAAGAAACCCUCGCCCUUUGAGGGAUAGCGCUCCAGACGUUCUGCAGAGCCACGAGUUGAAGACUCCUCUGGUUCCUCCAGAGGAGCAACCACCUCCCCCGGAGCUCUAUGACAGCGACUUUGUGCUCCCGAGCCGGCAAAUCGAGCUGCUGCGAAUCACGGAGAAGCGACAGGCCUACUGUGUCCGCACCAGCAGCCUCGACUUCCCUAAACCCUUCUGCCAUGGGGCCAGGAAGUCAUGCCCUGGUUCCGUUGACAGCUCCCCGACCGAAACAAGGACUGCAAGCCGGUGCAGCCCUCUGAGGUUUGAGGCAGGCUCGGCGUUCAGUCCCAGGCACGGCUGGCCUGCAGAGAACCCGGAGGCUGUUUUUCGGACGCGGUCUGUGGAAUGGACUCACACCUUCCAGGAAACACCCAAAACAGGACAUGUAGCAAAGCAGAGCAAAUCCUCAAGCUUCUUCACCUUGCAUGUGUGCCCUCAGUAUGAAACAGGGCUCUCCAAAGAGACAAGCAUCAAGCUGCACAUCACCAACACAAUGUCAGCCGAAGACGUGGUGAAACUGGUGGUGCAGAAGAUGAACGUGGUCUCGCGUGAUGUCCUGGGAAAUGCUGAUGCCUUCUGCUACAGCGAAGAACAAUUGGGUCACUUUGGGCUCGUGUUCAUAUCUGACAAAGCUGAGCAGUGGCUUCCCAAUGACUUCCUGCCUCUCUCGCUUCACAAGGCUUGGCCUGAUGGCAGGUUCUAUGUGCGGAUCAAAGAGACGUCUCCUCUCUUGUUUCAUUAUGGCCCGGCAACGACCGUAUGAGAGGAUGGGAUGAGAGGCAGAGAAGUAAGGAACGUUCAACUUCCAGUGAGCAGACAGCUCACCACUGAUGCUUCCUUCUUGAAAAGACAAUUUUGUGCCAUCCACCAUGGGCCAAAAUAGGAGCAUACAGGGCAGUGUGUUGCUUUCUUGUGUGUGUGUGUGCGUGUGUUUCAUUUUAACCAAAGAGAUAUCAAGACUUGGUUGUUAUGGCUACAAUUAAGGAUAAAAUCCCAGAGUCUUUGGGAUAAUGGAAUAAAAAUUGUCAAAGACAAUUUCAGAUACAAAGAAGAACUGGUUAGGUUUAAAGAAGCAAUACAUAAUUAUAUAUAUUUUUUCAUUCAGAACCUGGAAAAAGGGAGGAAAUCAAUGUGUUAUGGAAGGGGAACCAUCAUGAUCCUGGCUGGAAUCAUCCCAAAAUCAGGGGCUGGAGCAAUGGUGGGAAAAAGGGUGCAGCAAGGAGCUCACCAAGUCCUGUUAAUGUUUCCUGUUUUGUUGUCCCUGGAAAAAUAUGAAAUUGCACAUGGUUCUCUGACCAAACUAUUUUCCUAAAAAGGAUUGUUUUCCUCCAUCCUUGACUUCUUGUGGAUUGGAACAAAAACUCGGAGAACAGUUGCCCUGGAAGCAUCUUAGAGGAAUCCAGAUUCCUUUCCUGGCCUGUUCAGUGGCAAUUUUGAUCCCCUGGCAGCCUGGCUUUCAACUUUUGCAUAUUAUUAUUUCUAUCAAAAUAAUCCAUUUUUAAAAAAGUCUGCCCUAGAAAUCCACAGUUUAAAAUGCUGUACAAGAUAUUGAACUGUGUGAGAAUCUACAGUCUUUUCUCUCCCAAAGAGGACAGACUUUGCAUCUGGGAUAAAACGUCCUCUUGGCAGGAAAGCUGCGUCCAUCUUUUUGGAAGACUUAGGACCCAUCUACUCAAUAUAAUGCAGCUUUUGAAUGCAGUUGAACUGCCUUGAAAUUGACUAUAUGGCAGCAUAUACUCAUAUAAUCCAGUUCAAUGCAGUUACACUGCAUUCUGAAACUUCGUGAUAUGGCACUGUAGACGGGGCCAAAGAAGUCUUAAGAGGUACUAAGAGGUUAAAACCACAUUAUUUCUCUUUUAUUUUGUAUUUUAGCCUCUCCCUCUACCCUUCCCUUCCUUUUCCUAACCACUGAUCUAGAAAAGGAACAUAGGGAAAAGGAUGACCAGGAGACCACCCUAGAUCUUCCCUCUCUCAAGAGGAUCUUAUUGCACUUGCUUGCUUUUCCUUACAUUCCUCUUCAAGAAGGGGAUGCAGUGACUCCUUUUCAUCUCCUGCAGCAGCAGAAGAUCGUGAGUGAAGCCAAGAGUCCCUUCUUUCCAUAAGAAGAUGUCGGGGUCAUGGAAAGCUGACUUAACGCCAACACUGCAGCAAUAUCCAGCUAGAAAUUGGAGACGAUGCCUCAAUGUGAGACCUAAAUAAUGGAGAAUCAUUUGAAAACUGCCACUAGCCUAGGAAAGAUGUGAUCAGGCCUAUCUUUUUGACACUUCGGCUCAAUCGUCUGGCCUGAAACAAAAGCAAGUAGCUUGGCACGUAAGCUGUUGUUUCCAGUACAGUGGAUAGGGCUUCCUUUGAAGCACUUCCAAUUGUGAAGAGAAGGAGGAAGAAGAAAGGGGUGGGGGAGGAAGCAUUUCGUCUGGUUAUAAUGAGAAUACAGAGCAUAGCAGUCAUUCCAAGCCUCCAAACCCUUUGACAAAUCUAGCAUGUCUACACUUCACUUUCAAAUAUUCUAGCCAAAGAAACACUCCCUCUGCUUCCCAUAUUGAUGCCUCAUCCCAUAGUAUUCAAAGUCUCUCAGCUCAACACCAGAUGCCUGAACACUGGAGGGGCAUUUCCAAGCUUUCCUGAAACAUGGGUUGAAAUUGUUGGAUGACAGUCCCAGCCAUCGCAGCCAGGGUGAAAGAAACUGGUAGACGCCAUUCAGCAAGUUGUUGUUGAGGGCUGCACAGUUGUUGUCACCCUUGCUUUAAACAAUCCAUGGAUUGUGUCACUUUGCACACAAGCCAAAGUUCUCUCUACAGUUACCUUGAAAGUCUCCCUGGUUGUAAAACAGGGAAUAUAGAGUCAGUGUUUAUCUGAGAGACUUUGUUUGAGUAAAGAUUUUGCUCCAUCAAUGGAUGGAUUGUGUUGUCGAAGGCUUUCAUGGCCGGAAUUACUGGCUUGCUUUAAGUUUUUCAGGUCAUGUUCUCCUGACGUUUCACCUGCAUCUAUGGCAGGCAUCCUCAGACGUUGUGAGGUUGAAACGUUAGGAGAGAAUGCUUCCGGAACAUAGCCAUGCAGCCUGAAAAACUUACAGCAAUCCAAGGGAUGGAUUGAAUCUUUUGGCUGAUAGAUGUUCACAAGCACAUGGAGAAGACCCAAUGGGGUGCCCUCCCUAUCUCGUAAAUCUUUGGUCCUUUCUUUUUGGUGACUAAUGUUUAUAGUUGUGGGUCUAUUUCUCCUCCUUCUGCUGCAUUUCUUCUGAUAAGGGGAGAGUAUUCACUAAAACCUUUGGCAUCUCUGAUCUGGAAGAAGGGAAAUCUUUCCCUAGCGAGGUAAAGGUUGAGCCAGACCUCCUUAGCAAGAAAAAGUGCUAUCCCAGAUGUAAAGACUCAUGUCUGCCCUUGUAAAAGCAUUUUUUAAAAUAUGUGGUAAGUAAAACUAUUCCACUUCCUAUGUGUUUUACAAACAAAACACAAUUCGCCAGACAUGGCAAAAAGUAGACUUUGCUAUCCUAGGUGUGCUACAAGACCUCUGUUGUAACAACACUUGAGUUGUUAAUCUUUCCUUUCCUCACUCGGUUGCUGUUUUGUUGCCGUGAAUGUGAUUGAUUGCUCUUGUACAACCAGUAGCAUGAUGUUUUGUUGGCCGCUCGGUCUCUUUGUUAAUUGCAACUAUUAACAGAACUGUGGUCUGUAGUAAAGACGGCUAUGCUGCUGAGAGUGAUCCCACCUCUCUCUCUCCCUCUCUCUCUCUCUCUCUCUCUCUCUCUCUCUCUCUCUCGUCUUCUUGUGCCACAAUCUCCUUUGGCCGCCCAUCUUUGGGUGCCUAUCUGUGAGCAUUUAUUCAGAACUCCCAGUUAUGAGGAAUGGUGUCUUCCUUGAAGAAUUAAAAAGCUUCUCUUGGGUCAAAUGCAUAACUCCACAGAAAAUGAUACCUGGCUUGUUGCACUCAAUUCCGUAUGAGACAGAUCAGGGAGAGAGGGCCGAGUUGUCUUUUGUAGUACUGGAAUGCAAAGCAGAAAAACAACAAACCGGGGAUCUUGGGCCAAAGAGCCAGAAAAUAAAGCCAACAUACUGGGGAAGUGUCAGGUCUCCUUUCGUCCAAGCAUGAGGAGUGUUUUUGAAAAGAGCUCAGCUCCACAACUGGAAUGUGUGUGUGUAUAAAUAACAUUGAUCACAUCCCC